CUAUGUUUAUAAAUGGUUGUACAGUGACAUUCCGUAGAAUUCCGUUGGUUUGAAGUGUACCAACACGUUUUUGUAGAAACAUAGUCCUAAAUUAGUGACUGACCGUCUAUAUUCACAAAAUGACUAAUUCAUACGGCAGCAUCGCCUGGUGGGGUUUUAGUCCGGCAUUAGAUUUGCAAGAAACUGGUUUUCAAGAAAUGUGCAAAAAAUUAUCAUGUGCUAUGCCAGAAGAGCUUAAUAUUCUUCUUGUUGGAGCUGGAGAUGUUCGUCACAUAUUAAAAACAGUAGCUAGGAGAUACAGGCAUUCCAAUAGAAAACUCAGGUUUUAUAUUUUAGAGCCAUCUUUGGAACUUUAUGCAAGGGACAUCUUAUUAUUGAUGAUAUUUCUUGAAAAUCAACAAAAUUAUGGAUUACAGGAAAAGACAGAACUAUUCUUAGAAGUUUAUGGAAAUACCCUUGUUCGUCGACAAACUAGUCAGUAUAUUGAGAAGAUGGCACAUGAGUUAAUUUUAAUGGUAACAGAUUUUGAAUACAUGGCAAAAAAACUUGCCUUCAUUAACUUAACACAAUUAAAGUAUAAAGAAAGAGAUUAUUUGGAGGGAAUCCUAAAGUUUUGGCGAAACAAAGAAAAGAAAUAUCCUUUUGAAAUUAGUAAGUGCUGGGAUUUAAGACUCCGCCAACUUCUAGGAGUCAGAUAUGACAGCCGAUUAAAUGUUUUUGACUGGGACUACAAUAUGGAACUCAUUGAGAGAGGGGGUUCAAUAGUUUACAUCAGACAAUACAAAGACUGGAGAGACACUGGUGUGGCAUUUAAAAUAAGAGAAGGAACUUAUGAUGUACCAAACAGAACUUUAGCCUCAGCCAUGGUUUUUAAACUUGACGGUGAAAGGUUUCCACGUAGAGGCUACUGGGGUGACAUGCUAGUCUCACCAUACAUAACAUUUGGAGUUGAAACAGAAGAGAAAUCCUUUUAUAAAAAACAAAACAAUAAUCACAUUAAGACUGCUGAAGAUGUGUCAGAGUUCAAUAUCACUUCCCUAUUUUACGAAUUCACAAAUAAACAAAAAUACCAACUUCCCCAACCUGAGCCUCAGACAGAGAAAUCCAGUGAAGCUCCUAAGUUACAAGAGAUAACAGAAGAAGAUGAAGAGGAGCAAACAACUGCAGAAGAUGGACAGAGUGAAUUGGAAAAUGAUGUGGAUAAAGAGAAAAAUAAUAUUGCUAAAGAUGUGGAAUUAAUGGACAAGAAGGAAGCUGUUGGAGACACAAAUGAUUCCAACAGCUUGCAGCACGACCAAGAACCACAGGAGAAUGUAGACAAUUUGGAUAAAAAAGAAAUAAAUUGCAAUGACAACAAAAGCUCUACAAGUUCAGAAACUGAAAAAGAUGAUCACGAAUGGAUGCCCUUAGAAGAUGUGGAAGUUGUUUUCCUACCGAUGGCUGGUAUUGAAGAGCUAAUGAAAAAGGCCAAGUACAACAAACUGUUCAAUGUUGUAUAUUUUUCUAACAGCAUGGUUCAUCACUUAAAACCAGAUCUUGCAAAUAUUUUUGCUGACAGAUGUUCUGUUAUUUUAGAAACAGCAUUGUUUAUGCUAGAUAUCAAGAAGAACACAGUUCAAGAAUUUGUGAAGAAAAUCUCUCAAAUGGCAGAGGCUGCUGGAUGUAAGCCAUUAGAAGCCUGGGAUGAUUUACAAGAUUCAUAUAUCAAGUUUUAUUUUGAAAGGGGAGCUAAUCCAUAACAGGAAAAUAUGGAGAGAGUACUUCACAAUGUGACUCACUUUAUUUGAUGAUACUCAUCAGCACCCAUUAAAUUAAUCAAUUUGAUUGCAAUAUAAAUGAGUGUGUGUACAAUGUCAUGGCUAGAGAUGUGUACACCACAAUGUUUUGAAUAUGGUUUAUUAAACUGUCC